CCUCCCUUCUUCCAUUGUCUGUAGUGCGAUGCGGUGGUGAAGUUUUCUGUGCCGUCACAGUCUAUCGUAAGAUCCUGUUCAAUUAAUAAGUGACGCGAUCGUGGAAGACGACGUAGUUAUUUUUUUUUACGACAGCACUCCGAAGUUUCCUCAAAUUUCUCCAAACCUGCGAAUUGAUUUUGUUUUAUUCCCCGGAGAUGUACGAUUGACGAUUGCCAAGGGAAUUUCCCGAGGGUAGGUCUCUUCAUGAUCGGCCAUGGGCGGUGUGCAAAGUGGAACUCAUAAUCUUGGCGAUGCAUUAUGGGUACAGGAGCGACAGCGGCAGAAGGGUCAUCGAGAGGGCAGUCGUUACGAUUCCCACUCGGCACAGUCGACACAAGAGCGCAGCAAAUUAUUGAAGCGCACGAGGAGUCUCGCAGUGAUAUCAGAGGAUGAUUCUCGACAAAAUCGAGAAGCGACGCAGCACUUUCGACUAGGCCAAUCGAGUUUCGACUUGCCCAGGAAAUAUCAAUUGAUACCGAGAGCUAAAUUGAUCGAUCGGAAUUCUCUCAAGGACAGACUUUCCAAGAGUCAGCAGCAUCUUUCAGAUUCUUAUGAGAGAUUUAACGAGGCAAAACCCUAUCAUUCGCGAUCGACGUGCGGCCUUCACUCAAUUCCGCCAAGUCUUGAGUCUCUUCCAGAUCCGUUACCUUACGUUCGAGGAAAUCGUGCCAAUCCUGAUCGGCUAAAUAUUCUCGAUUGGCCGGAUCCUCCGAGACGAUACUGCAGCGUGCAGAAUUUGGAUACCGUAAGCGGAUUGAUCGAUAUCGUCGAAGACACUUGGCCCAUUGAAGGCAAUCGGAGUAUCGAUUGCAUAUAUACGCAGGUGAAGCGCAAACGUAAAGAGCAUAGGAGUUUAGACAGCGUACUCUUUGAGGAUGACGCGGAAUUGGAAUACUUUGACGUAUUGAAUUUACUGCCUCUCUCUAACAUACGACGGUUAGAAUACGACGAGGCUGACUUGUCGAAAGACGAUAAUUUUACGCGAAAGACGGAGCAGGUGCACGGUUCGCGGGAUUUAAGAGUACUCGAAUACAUCGAGCCGAGUAGCGCAAGCGAGGUUUCGCCGACGAGGAGCAGCAACGCUACGGACGAGGAGAAAUGUAAAGAGCACACAGUAAAAGAGGAUAAUCCCACUUCAGCAGAUAGUUCUGAGAAGAAGGUCCGCAAUCUCAAUUUGUCCAAAGGAACUAACUUGAGCCGGCGAGACUCAGUAAAACGAGAGCGUCGGAAAUCUGACAAAAGUCUCGAAAAGGACUCGCAGAUUAUCUCGGUGAACAAGUUCGCGGAUGAACGCGUUCUUUUCUCUUCAUCCAACAUCACUGACCAGAAUUAUAGGAAAGCCGAUGUCGAAAAUCUCGUGACUUACUGCGAGGAGGAUCGCAAGGUCGAGGAAAUAGAAGAUUACAAGUCGAUCUGGAUCUCGGAUAACGAGGACCAUCACGAGAUGUCGAGAAGACCACAGAUACUCAAGGUCGUUGAUAAUGACGUCACCAAGAAACGCCAUCGACGUUCUGUCGUGGAGAUUGAUGCCAUCGUCGAGGACGUGCCAAAGGAUAAAAUAUCGCAGACGAAGGAGGGAAACGAGCAUAUCGAUGUCUUCGUGAUUAAAUCGAAUAACAUGAAUAAGGAAGAUGAAAUACAUGGAAAAAACACGAAGGAUGCUGCUAUGAUACCGGAAAAUGUAGCGACGGUGGAGGACGCGAGAAAUUUCUUCGAGCGGAAAAACACGGAGAAGGAGACGACGCGAAAUAAGCAAAACGAGGGUAGAUUCGAGAGGAUCAUGAAGGAGACAUCUAAUAUUCUCGGCAAGGCUUGUAGCGUUGUAAAGGGUAGUUUGGGUUUCGAGGCAAGAUCGGAGAGCUCCGAUCUCGGUCUCGGUUCCGAAUCCGGUAGUGAUUCUCGUAGACGAUCAAUGGAUGACGGCGCUGAAGACGAUCGGCUGUCCAGAAAUGCUGAUAGUUCAACCACGCCGAAAAGUGGUGACGGUAAAAAGUCUCAUACUAAUCUCACCAGAUCCAGGAGCUGCGUGGACUCGAUAGAAUGCCAGGACGGUCAAGAGUUCGAUCACGUUCGCUAUAAGAUCGUCAAGUCGCAUAUGUUCAGCAAGAACAUGUUCAGUACCGCUCGGGGCGACGUCACAUACGAAGGACUAAUGCAAUACCUACACGAAUACUCGUUCCAGGAAUUGCUGAUGGAUAAUAACGUCGUUAUCAUCGAGCCGGUUCGUGCCGAGCCAGUGGAACGAAAAUCUUCACCACUGACCAGAACGGAACCCACGUGCAAAAUUGCUGGCGCGAUUCAGAAAAAGAUGGAGAAUUACGAAAGAAACGGUGAUCAGUCCGAAAGCGGUGAUACCGGCAAAAGCUCCAGGCAAUCAUCCAUCAGAAAGCACUUCUUUUACCAUCCUAUACGAGUGAAUCGCGAAUUGAUUGAUGAGGAGUUACCGAAUCCGGAUACAGUAAAAAAUGUGAGACGUAUGUUCGAAAACACUCUUGAAAAAAAGAAGAACGUAUCCGACGCCGAGUUCUCCAGGGACUGCAAGAAUAGGAGGAGCGUUAGCAUGAAGGAUUUAACUAGCAUCGACAGUCGAUAUGAUGAAAUGUCUGACAAGGCACGCGAAGAGUCCAGAUGUUCCAGCAGAGCGAAAGAUCUCACGAGGCUUUUCGAAACCAAGUCCGUGUCAUCAACUGCCUCUGUCGUUAAGGAAGAACCCGGAAGUCCACGAAGCGAAUCAAAGACACGUAUUCUCGCGCAAAGUUUCGAAGCUCGAAGCGGGAAUUCGUCGCCAAGUGGUUCAAACUGUUCUAAAAAUAAAGCCGGCCGUUACCAUAAUCAUCAAAAUUGGGAUACCGGCAGUGUGAGUUCCGGCGUAUCUAGCGAUUAUCCUGAUACAGAUCCCGGAAGCGGCGCUCAUUGCACAUCAUCUGAUGAUGACGAUGUCAAUUGUAAUGAUGAUGUCGCACACACGAGUGGUCCCGGACACUACGUGUCGCAAGAUGUACUGAAGAAAAUCCGCGAAUAUGGCACUUCGGUAACUUACUAUGGCGGGAAAGUUGUGAACAUGCAUAACGGACCGUUGAUAUCGCCAUUAAUCGGCAAUGGCUUCAAGCGGGUCGACAAAUCAAACGAUUAUGUCAAAUUCAAGUUGGUGAAGAGUAAUUCAUGUGAUAGUAGAUUGGAGCUGACCGGCAGACUUAUCGAGGGACAAUCGUUGCGUCGCAAUUGCGAUAGAGGUGCUAAUCUCAGACAAUGCACCAUCGCGGAGACACCCAGCAUCGAGAUCAUGACGAUCGAUAGCAGGCAAGAAAAUGAGGAGCAAAGAGACGAGGAUAUCGAGCAAGUCGAACAAACGAAGAGAGAACCGCCGGUGGUGAUCGGUCUGGAGCCGAAGAAAGACGAUUCCAAGGAGACGAGGAGGAUCUUUAAAGCUGACUUUAAACUGGGCGAUCUAGAUGACUUGAGAUCCAAUUAUCCGAGUAAAUUUAUGCCGAGCGCGUUAAUGAGAUGGGAGGCGAACACGAGCUGGAGAGUCGGCAAUGACUUCGGUAAAAUGGAGUUUGAAGAAUUUGAGGUGCUCGAAGAUAGUCUCAAUGGGAUUGACGAACAGGAUCAAUGCGCGCAAGCGUCAUGAACGAUAGUUUGUUGUAUAAUAUAUUUAUUUCUUUGAUGCAUGACUGCGAAGAUAAACGAGGAUUGUUAAAGAAGAUAACGUGAUUAUUAUUCUUAAUGAAAUCAAGUAAAAUUUCAUGGCAUUAGUGAGCAUAAUCAUUUUUUGCAAGAAUAAUAUAUAAUUCAUAGAAAAUAAUUUCCAAUCGUAUAGAAUAAACAUUGUUGAGAAAAGUUAAAACAAAGUUAAACAUUGUUGAUAAAAGUACCUAAUUUUGUAAGAUAUGUUAAAAUAUGUAAAAUGUUUCUGACAGUAAAUAUGACGCACAAUAAAAAUGACGCGAAAGAACAUUGACAAGAUAAUGUAUCAUCCAAGUUGAUCAAUUUAUUAUUGCAGAUGGAGUUCAUACGAGUCAUAUUUUAUAGCAAUAUAGUAGGGAAAGUUAAAGUUAUAUUACGUAUAUAGAAGUUUCAAUGUAAUAAUAUAUGUCGUAUAUAGUAUACAAAGCGUAGAUAAGCAUCAACGUUGGAGUGUGUUAAAUGUGUAAUAAAUAAUGUAUGUAAUACAAGUGCAAUUUCUUAUUUCUU